AGCACAAACCCGGAAGUGGUUGUCCCUCUCCCUCUGGAUGGAAGAAGCAGGAGCAGCCAUCCUCUCCUCUUUACUCUAUAAAGUCAGCUUCAGCCGCUGAGUUCACCAUCACCCCUGGCGUGAGUGGGUGUAUGUGUGAGUGGAUGCUGGUGAGGUGUGAGUGUGUGUGUGAGGGUCUUUUGGGGUGAUGUACUCUCCAUAUCAAGGCCGUGAGGAGUUGGAGGAUGACCUCUACCAAGAGGAAGCCAAUGAUGACUCUGAUGGGUCGGAGGCCUACAGUGAGGUGGAGUUCCGCCUCUACAGCCAGCUCCACUACUCCUCCAAUGCUGGGGAGAUGGACGACAGAGGUGAGACGCCGGAGGACCAGGACAGCCAGCAGCCGGAGGUGACGGUAGAUGCUGACGGAGAACUGGUACACACUGAAGAUUGUGAACUUCCUUCAUCUGAACAACAACAACUCCUGAAGAAGAAGAAGGUGGGAGAGAAACGUGAUAAGCAGAAGAAGGGGAAGAGUGAUCCUAAAGGUCAGAGGUCGUCAUCAUCAGUCUUUGAGGAGGUCAUCGUCAUUGACUCCAGCCCGGAUGUUAUCUCCAUCUCCGAGGAUGACACUGCUGACGAUGAAGGCGUCUGUAUCAUGAAGGGUCAAGGUUUACACCGGCUGCAGACGUCCACCCCAACACAACAGGGGGGCCAGAAAAGGGAGAUGAGUCUCAAUAUGCCAGUGAGCGUUGACUCCAGCAGCUCAGAAUCGGAUUCCGAUUCAUCGGAGUCCAUCUCUGAGUCUGAUUCUUCAGAGUCAUCGGAUUCCGAAUGUCUGGAGAACUGGAUGAUCCUGGGCCGAGGGAAGCAAGUCGAAGACCGGUCCAUCUCACUCAACCUGGAGGGAGAGUCUAACAGCAACACAGGUGUGUCUUUGGAUGCUGAAGAAGAGAAGCAGAGCACCUGGGUGGUCUCCGACAAGGACAAGGACGCUCAGAUCUUCAACAAAGACAAGGGUGCCAGGAUAGUGACGCAGCGGGUGCCCAACAGAUACUAUACUAACAAGAGCGUCCAAUGUAGAAACUGCAACAAGACCGGGCAUCUCUCCAAGAACUGCCCCGAGCCCAAGAAGUUGACAUCCUGCUACCUGUGUGGCACCCCCGGCCACAUGGCCAUUGAGUGUCCCUAUAAGCACUGCAACAACUGUGGCUUACCGGGUCACCUGUACGAGUCCUGCAGCGAGAGGCCGUACUGGCACAAACAGUGUCAUCGCUGCAGCAUGAAGGGACACUUCUUUGACGCUUGUCCAGAGAUCUGGAGACAGUACCACAUCACAAACAAGACGGGUCCUCCUGUGAAGCAGAUGGAAGAGGACAACGGUCGAUCUCCUGCCUUCUGCUUCAACUGCUCCAGGAAAGGACACUUUGGACACACGUGUACACGGCAGAGGAUGUUCAACGGGGUGUAUGCCACCGUCCCUUUCAUCAACCACUACGACUCUGUGGAGGACAUCAACCGCAGACAGCACAGGCUCAAGCUGAGGGUUAAAGAAUUAAAGAAAAACGGUUGUUUAUUCAACACCUGUCAGACACCAGGACCACCAAAGAAGAAACCAAAAUUCAGCCACCAGAACAACCACCAGCAAACCCCUCACAGCCACAAACCCAGUGGCAGCCACAUCUUUUUUAGUGACAAUGACUUGAGGGACACGGCACCGAAAACAAAUAAGUUCAACAAGAUCAAACCACAGCAAAGCACUGGCAAUGUGAAACCGUGGAAACCCAAGAGGCCCGUGCCCACGUCAAGAGACCCGCUCCCGUCAUCGAAACUCAUUUUUGAUGAAGCAGAUGACUUUCCCAGAGGAGGAGGCCAAGGAGGGAACACGGAGAAGAAGAGCAGGAGGAAAAAGAUGAAGAAAACAAACGAUGUCCCGAACAAGGGACACAGAGACAGCAGACCUGACCGUCUCUGUUGGACUGUAACUGGUGUGAUGAAGGGGUCCGGCUCAAAGAAAGAGGUCAGAGAGAGCAGCAGGAAGAGGAGAAAUCGAGCCCGAAGCUUCGCCCACAAACAAAAAGGCGAUGAUUCAUCGAUGUAUCCAACAGAUGAGAACCUGUUUAUCAUCAAACAGAAACGGAAACGCAAAAGAUAGCAUCAGUAUGAGGGGGGUGUGGGUAUUUAGAGGCUGUCAGGGCUGUGAUCCAUAUGAUCAGUGGUGAUAAUGUAUGAUCACAUGACUCAGAUCUCACUGCUACAGUCACCAGUUCUGCUUAUGGUGCACAAUCGGACACGUCACAACAGGAAAAGCACAGAUGUAAAUGAUCAAAUUAUUCUUGACUGCAUAUUGGCUUCACUGACUUACUGGGACAUUUGAUUAGAUUGAGACAUUGUUAAAAGAUAUUUUCACAAUUACAAUCUGUCCUACAAAGAUAUGAACACUGGCCAUUAAAAUAUCCUAAAUUCUUACUGUAUAUUCUACGUAAGAGAUAAAUUCAUGUCUCAUGUUAGUUGUGGACUUCAAUACAUUUCUGCACAAAAUGAGGACUGUAGAUUUUGUUCCCCAUCGCAAGACAUUGUUUAAUUUGUAGUAUGAACAUGACAAAAUAAACAGAAAGCAAACAUUGUUUCUGCACUAUGAUUACAUAGUCACCAGAUUCAAGUCUGACUUGAAAAAUAGUGAAAAUAUCUUAACUUUAACUCUUUACUUAUCUUUGUUACUCAUAUCUGUGCUUUUCCUGCUAUGACCAGGUUCCUGUGUUUGACCCUGAACUCCGAGCUGCCUUUUCAUUGUUUCCCCCUGUGGUCAAUGUGAGAAUUACAGCACCUAUUUAAACUGAGGCAUGGCUUCAUGACCUUUUAAGAAGUGUUUCAGUCACUGUUUGACAUUUUGGUACGAGCACCAGGAGUUCAUGCAGUUAGUUCACCAGUAAUUCUGUUCAAUAACAACAUUACAUUGCUAAUAGACAUAAAGAGAGAAUUAGUCAUUUAGUUGCAGCACCCUACUUCAAUGGAUAAUCUAAUAGAUGAUGGUUGUAGCCAUUAUCAUAUUCUUUCAAUUUGUUCACAGGAAUUUUCUGCUCAUUGUGAAUUUGAAUAAAAACAGACGGCUCAUUGAAGUAUUGUGUUGUGCCUCUGCUCUGAUCAUCAUUUUACAGUUGUUGCAGCCAAAGGAUGGUGAUUUUCUUUUAAAACUACUCUUGGAUUACAGUCCUUUCUUCAUGUAGGAAUAAAUCUGCUGAUUUGUGUCUCUCCACCAGUUCUUGUGGGAUCUGGAUUUCAUGCAUCACUGACAUGCAGCCCUGACGGUGUUAACUUUGAAAAGCCCACUAUGUAAAUUCAGUUAUUUAUCUUAUUUGUUGUGGUUAUAACACGAUAACGCACAAUGAGAGAGUGGAAGAUGAGAUAACAUGAACACUGGUUAACCAACAUCUCUGUGGAAAAAUAAAACUUGAAUCUGCUUCAUCUGACUACUUCUGUGAUUCAGGAAGAGAAAUCAGAGUCGGAGGUUUUUCAUUUCAGACUUUUAUUUACUGUACAACUUUUAAUCUUUCAAUGAGAAUUCACGUUUCAUUCUCCUUUGUAUAAUUUCUGUAAAUUAUACAUUAAAAUCAUUUGAUUCCAGUCA